CCUCGCCCGCCGCAUGCCCGACGUGAUGUUUGCGCCCGACGGCGCCGGGGUGUACGCGCGCAAGGUCGAUGCGAAGUUCGUGUACCCGGCCUACUACCCGCGGCUGAAGCGGUCGCCGCGAACCGCCUCGGACUACGACGAGGCCACGCCCGCCGGCGCGGCCGCCUUCCGCCAGCUGCGCGACGCCAUUGCCACGCUGCUGGAGCUCCAUCCAAAGGGGCUGCGCAGUCGGACGCUGCUGCUGCUGCUUCAGAAGCGGUACUCGCACACCCUCGACGCCGCCCUCGCCCAGCAUCUCGUGAGCAGGAUGCCAGACAUGGCGGCGUGGCACGCCUCGGAGGAGUACGCAGAGUACGACGCCGUCCGGCCGGCAAAGCCGCCGCCGCCGCCGCCACGGCCCUCCUCGGUUCGGUCGCGAAAGGAGGCGUGGAGGGAGGCGGUGCGGCAGCGCUUUUUGAAGUGGUACGACGACCCGCCGGCGUGACCGAGGCGGGAACGCGCGCAUAUAUUGGGAGGGGGCGGCGCCAGCGGAGACGCCAGAUUGGGCUCCGGCGCUUUUCAGAUUGGGCCAGGCGCUCGAGAGGGGGACACUGCGGGUCGGACUGCGGGGGCCCGGGAGGCGGCGGGAGUCAGUGACACUGUCAGAGCAGCAGCCAGCACCUCUGCUCUGACCAGGUCUGCACAGAGGCCGCCUCAGGUCAGCGUUGUGACUCAGAGAUACCCACCGAGGUCCGAGCACCGAGGUGAACCAUCUCUCUGAACACCCGUCCCCCCCCCCCCCGCCCACCGGGGCCUGUGGGUCUUGUCAGCGUGCCGUCACUAGCUCCAAAGGUCAUGUGCCAGCCUCUGUUUCCCCCAAACGGACUAACGUGACAGAAGAUGAAA